GGAGAGGUCCAACUGUAUAUCAAAUUAACUGUCCAACCAUGAGUAUAUCUAAAAGUAAGGUUCGACCCCAAAUUGUCCACACAUCCGGAGAAAUACAAAAAAAGCUUUACAAAAAAUUUAAAAAAUUUUGUUUCCAUUCCUUUUAAAAGAUUUUUUUCUUGUUUUCCAUUUUUCCAAAUUUAUUCUCUUAUUUUUUUUCUCAUCAUUUUCAUAUUCUAAUUUAACUAUAAAAUUGGUUGGUUAUUGGGGUAGGGAGGGAGGCCAUUAUUUAUUUUUAUUUAAUAUAAUUUUUUUUCUAAUUUUUAUUUUUUUUAACAAUCUCUUCCCAGCUGCGAUAUUUAAUAUAUUUUUAUUUAUUUUUUUACUUUUUUUUUACUUGAAUAUUUUUAUACUUUAUAUGUGCAUAUAGUCAAUGAGUUUUAUUUUAUCUUUUUUUUCUUCCCAUUUAGUUUUAGCCUUCAAAAUUCUUUUUAUUUUUCGAUUUUGUUAUUAUUGAGUAUUCUUUUUUUAAUGUUUAAGUUGGAGAGAAAAAAUGUUGGAAAUAAAGAAAGCUAAAAAUGCUAAAAUUAAAUGGAAAUAUAUUAAGUAGCUUAUGUUGUUAGAACAAAUGUUUCUGUUUCUUGUAGGCAAUUUAGUCCGUAAUUAUUUGAUUCUGAUAGUUCGAGUGUGUGGUGUAGUGGUUGCAUUCUUGGUUAGUGUUGGUGAGGAGCAAGGUUCGAGUCCUGUUGUUGCUUAUUAUUUUUCUAGAUUAUUUUUUUGGCGGUCUAAAAUUUUUUUAGUAUUUUAUAUAUUUUCUAAACUUGUUUUUUUGUUUUUUACAUGUUUCCUGAAUCUAGAUAAUUUUAAUAACUCGUUCAAAUCUUUCCUGUUUCUUCUUUUUCAUUAAGAAAGCUCUCUAAUUUUCCUCCUCUUCUCUCUAUUAUUAAUCAACUAAUUAAUUUUUUAAAAAUUAAUUUCUCAACCUUUUUUUCCUUUCUUUUAUUAAAUAUUAAAUAAAAUCUAAAUUACUUAACAUUCUCAAUUUUUAUAAAUAAAAUCGAUUUUGCGACCCAAUAAAUGAAAAUUGUAGAAAAAAAAUAUAAAAUUGGGAAGCCAUUAAAAAGGGCAAAACUCUCUCUGGUUAAACACACACACAAUAAUGUUUUGUUUAUUAAAUAUAUUUUUAUUUUUAAGUCGUGGAUAUAAGUAAAUGAGAGAAAAGAAAAAAAAUUUUAGGUUGAAAAAGAGGGGGAGAAUUAUUGACUUCAUUUUGGGGGAUUUCGUGAGAGUCGGGCAUGAUUAGGAUUGAAUCUUCCCUGGUUUUUCCGAUUUCUGGUUAGUAAAGUUAGGCAAAUCGAGAUCUUUGAGGUAUGGGCUAUUCCCACUAUUUCCCAGAGAGAUCCAGUGAGAUAGAGCUCGCCAGAGUUAAUGGAUCUUUCGGAGUCCUACUUCUUCCCAAAUUUCCUCCCCCCUUUCCCAUUUCCGGUAAAAUUAGGCCAGUCGGAACUACCAGGAUUUUCUAAAGAAAUUCAGUACCUACCAGUCAUUCGAGCUCCAAGUUUAAUUUUUUGCCUGGCUCUAUCCCGAAAUAUAUUGU